GAGGGCUCGGCCGCCAGCAACCGAGCGGGGCCCGGCCCGAGCGGGGCCUGGGGGUGCGACGCCGAGGGCGGGGGAGCGCGCGCCGCUGCACCCGGACCGGGCCGCGCGCGCCGCCUCAGGACCGUCACCCUCGCUGGAGGCACCUGACAAAUCCUAGCCAAUUUGUGGAGCACCUCCACCCGGGAACCUCGCCAUCCAGAAGUGUGGUUCCUGCACAGCUGCAGCCAUGGGGUCUGAGGACCAUGGCGCCCAGAACCCCAGCUGCAAAAUCAUGACGUUUCGCCCAACCAUGGAAGAAUUUAAGGACUUCAACAAAUACGUGGCCUACAUAGAAUCGCAGGGGGCCCACCGGGCGGGCCUGGCCAAGAUCAUCCCCCCAAAGGAGUGGAAGCCGCGGCAGACGUACGACGACAUUGACGACGUGGUGAUCCCGGCCCCCAUCCAGCAGGUGGUGACGGGCCAGUCGGGCCUCUUCACGCAGUACAACAUCCAGAAGAAGGCCAUGACGGUGGGGGAGUACCGCCGCCUGGCCAACAGCGAGAAGUACUGUACCCCGAGACACCAGGACUUUGACGACCUUGAACGCAAAUACUGGAAGAACCUCACCUUCGUCUCCCCGAUCUACGGGGCCGACAUCAGCGGCUCUUUAUACGAUGACGAUGUGGCGCAGUGGAACAUCGGCAGCCUCCGCACCAUCCUGGACAUGGUGGAGCGCGAGUGCGGCACCAUCAUCGAGGGCGUCAACACGCCCUACUUGUACUUCGGUAUGUGGAAGACCACCUUCGCCUGGCACACUGAGGACAUGGACCUGUACAGCAUCAACUACCUGCACUUCGGGGAGCCCAAGUCCUGGUACGCCAUCCCGCCAGAGCACGGCAAGCGCCUGGAGCGGCUGGCCAUUGGAUUCUUCCCCGGGAGCUCUCAGGGCUGCGACGCCUUUCUGCGGCACAAGAUGACCCUCAUCUCGCCCAUCAUCCUGAAGAAGUAUGGGAUCCCCUUCAGCCGGAUCACGCAGGAGGCCGGGGAAUUCAUGAUCACAUUUCCCUACGGCUAUCAUGCCGGCUUCAAUCACGGGUUCAACUGUGCAGAAUCUACCAACUUUGCCACCCUUCGGUGGAUUGAUUACGGCAAAGUGGCCACUCAGUGCACGUGCCGGAAGGACAUGGUGAAGAUCUCCAUGGACGUGUUCGUGCGCAUCCUCCAGCCUGAGCGCUACGAGCUGUGGAAGCAGGGCAAGGACCUCACGGUGCUGGACCACACGCGGCCCACCGCGCUCACCAGCCCCGAACUGAGCUCCUGGAGUGCGUCCCGGGCCUCGCUCAAGGCCAAGCUCCUCCGCAGACAAAUUAGUCUGAAAGAAAGCAGACACUGGAGAAAGACUGAGGAGGAGAGGAAACCAAGUCUAGAAAGGAAGAAAGAGACCAAAAGGCCGGGGCUGUCGUCUCACCGGAAACGGAGUCAGCCCAAGAAGCCCAAGCCCGAAGACCCCAAGUCCCCAGGGGAGGGUGCGGCUGGGGUGCUCCUGGAGGAGGCCGGGGGCGGCGUGAAGGAGGAGGCCGGGCCAGAGGCCGACCCUGAGGAGGAGGAGGAGGAGCCGCAGUCACUGCCACACGGCCGGGAGGCCGAGGGCACAGAAGAGGAUGGGAGGGGCAAGCUUCGGCCAACCAAGGCCAAGAGCGAGCGGAAGAAGAAGAGCUUCGGCCCACUGCCCCCACAGCUGCCGCCGCCCACCCACUUCCCCUCGGAGGAGGCACUGUGGCUCCCGUCCCCGCUGGAGCCGCCGGUGCUGGGCCUGGGCCCCGCGGCCAUGGAGGAGAGUCCCCUGCCAGCGCCCCUCAACGUCGUGCACCCCGAGGUGCCCAGUGAGGAGCUAGAGGCCAAGCCUCGGCCCAUCAUCCCUAUGCUGUAUGUGGUGCCUCGGGCCGGCAAGGCGGCCUUCAACCAGGAGCACGUGUCCUGCCAGCAGGCCUUCGAGCACUUUGCCCAGAAGGGCCCGAACUGGAAGGAGCCGGCCUCCCCCAUGGAGCUGACAGGGCCCGAGGACGGUGGAGCCAGCAGUGGGGCCAGCCGCGCAGAGAGCAAGGCUCGGGCCGGAGAGGGGCAGGCACCAUCCACAUUUUCCAAACUGAAGAUGGAGAUCAAGAAGAGCCGGCGCCAUCCCUUGGGCCGGCCGCCCACCCGGUCCCCGCUGUCGGUGGUCAAGCAGGAGGCCUCAAGUGACGAGGAGGCAUCCCCUUUCUCCGGGGAGGAGGACGUGAGUGACCCCGAGGCUUUGAGGCCCCUGCUGUCCCUGCAGUGGAAGAACAGGGCAGCCAGCUUCCAGGCCGAGAGGAAGUUCAACGCAGCGGCUGCGCGCACGGAGCCCUACUGCGCCAUCUGCAUGCUCUUCUACCCCUACUGCCAGGCCCUACAGACUGAGAAAGAGGUGCCCCCAGCCUCCCUCGGAGAGGGCUCCUCAGCCACACCUCCCUCCAGAAGUGGCCAGAAGACGAGGCCACUGAUCCCCGAAAUGUGCUUCACCUCCGGCGGCGAGAACACAGAGCCGCUGCCGGCCAACUCCUACAUCGGCGACGAUGGGACCAGCCCCCUCAUCGCCUGCGCCAAGUGCUGCCUGCAGGUUCACGCUAGUUGCUAUGGCAUCCGUCCCGAGCUGGUCAACGAAGGCUGGACGUGUUCCCGGUGCGCGGCCCAUGCCUGGACUGCGGAGUGCUGCCUGUGCAACCUGCGAGGAGGCGCGCUGCAGAUGACCACUGACAGGAGGUGGAUCCACGUGAUCUGCGCCAUCGCCGUCCCCGAGGCGCGCUUCCUGAACGUGAUCGAGCGUCACCCGGUGGACAUCAGCGCCAUCCCCGAGCAGCGGUGGAAGCUGAAAUGCGUGUACUGCCGGAAGCGGAUGAAGAAGGUGUCGGGCGCCUGCAUCCAGUGCUCCUACGAGCACUGCUCCACGUCCUUCCAUGUGACAUGCGCCCACGCCGCCGGGGUGCUCAUGGAGCCGGACGACUGGCCCUACGUGGUCUCCAUCACCUGCCUCAAGCACAGGUCGGGGGGCCACGCGGUGAGUGUCUGCCCGCCUCCUCACCCCCGGCUCCCCGCCCCCGCUGGUGCCUGUGCUGACCGUCCGCCUGCCCCCACACCCUCUGCACCCUCCCAGGUCCAGUUCUUGAGGGCCGUGUCCCUAGGCCAGGUGGUCAUCACCAAGAACCGUAACGGGCUGUACUACCGCUGCCGCGUCAUCGGGGCCGCCUCGCAGACCUGCUACGAAGUGAACUUCGAAGAUGGCUCCUACAGUGACAACCUGUACCCUGAGAGCAUCACUAGUAGGGACUGUGCCCGGCUGGGACCCCCUUCCGAGGGGGAGCUGGUGGAGCUCCGGUGGACCGAUGGCAACCUCUACAAGGCCAAGUUCAUUUCCUCCGUCACCAGCCACAUCUACCAGGUGGAGUUUGAGGACGGGUCCCAGCUGACGGUGAAGCGAGGAGACAUCUUCACCCUGGAGGAGGAGCUGCCCAAGAGGGUCCGCUCUCGGCUGUCACUGAGCACGGGGGCGCCGCAGGAGCCUGCCUUCCUGGGGGAGGAGGCCAAGGCCGCCAAGCGCCCGCGCGUGGGCACCCCACUCGCCACGGAGGACUCGGGGCGGAGCCAGGACUACGUGGCCUUCGUGGAAAGCCUCCUGCAGGCGCAGGGCCGGCCCGGAGCCCCCUUCUAGGACAGCUGGCCGCUCAGGCGACCCUCAGCCCAGCGGGGCAGGCCAUGGCACGCCCUGGGCGUUCGCUUGCUGUGAAUUCCUGUCCUCGUGUCCCUGGCCCCCAAGAGGCCACCUCCAAGCCGCGGGUGCCCCCUAGGGCGACAGGAGCCAGCGGGACGCCGCACGCGGCCCCAGACUCAGGGAGCAGGGCCAGGCGGGCUCGGGGGCCAGCCGGGGUUGCACCCCACUCAACUACUCAGAAUUUUAAACCAUGGAAGCUCUCUUCUUCUCGAAAAGGUGCUACUGCAAUGCCCUACUGAGCAACCUUUGAGACGGUCACUUCUGUACAUAAACCACCUUUGUGAGGCUCUUUCUAUAAAUACAUAUUGUUUAAAAAAAAAAAAGCAGGAGAAAAAGGAAAACAAAGGAAAAUAUCCCCAAAGCUGUUUUCUAGAUUUGUGGCUUUAAGAAAAACAAAAAACAAAA